AUGGCCAAAAUGGGGUCUGGUUUUAUGUUGUUUGUGUCAAUGAUGUUUCUCGUCUCUUCAUUGUCAUAUGGUUACAAGUUUAACGUUGGUGGAAAAGAUGGUUGGGCUGUGAAACCCUCUGCAUGGUAUUCUAAGUGGGCUCAUUCACUAAGGUUUCAAAUCAAUGAUUCACUUUAUUUUAAGUAUGAUAAAGCAAAUGAUUCAGUGUUGGUGGUAAGUGGAAAAGACUAUUAUGCAUGUAACACAAAGAAUCCGAUUAAGAAGUUGGAAGGUGGAGAGUCCGUUGUAAAUUUGGAUAGAUCUGGUCCUUUUUACUUUGUAAGUGGAAAUGUUGAGAAUUGUGGUAAGGGUGAAAAGUUGUCUGUUGUUGUUGUGUCUCCGAGAGGCGGUCACAAGGAUCAUGGCCCGGCAAAAUCACCAUCAGUUUCGCCAGUUCACUCGCCUGCACCGUCGUGGAAGGCUCCGUCUCCCAGUUGGAAGGCUCCGUCUCCCAGUUGGAAGGCUCCUGCACCAGGUUGGACUGCUCCUGUUCCCGGACAUAAGGCUCCAUCACCAAGUGCACCAGGAUGGAAGGCUCCGUCUCCCAGCUGGACUGCUCCCACUCCAGCAUGGAAGGCUCCUGCACCAGGUUGGACUGCUCCUGCACCAGAUCAUAAGGCUCCAUCACCAAGUGCACCAGGACUGAAAGCUCCAUCACCCGGUCAUGCGGCUCCCGCACCAGCAUGGAAGGCUCCAGCACCAGUUUCAAAGGCUCCCGCACCAGGUUGGACUGUUCCCACCCCAGGUUCUGCACCAGGUUGGAAGGCUCAGGCUCCAGCACCUGAAUGGAAAGCUCCUGCCCCUGCAUCAGGGUCGACGGCUCCAACCCCCUCAUGGACUCCUCCCUCACCCGGAUCGAACGCUCCUGCACCGAGUUCACCUGGAUGGACUUCUCCAACACCAAGUCCGGAUUGGAUUGCUCCCACACCAAGUGCCCCUGCAUGGAAUGCUCCAGCACCAUCUCCUCGAUCAAGCGGCUCGACAAGUUUAAGCGUUUCUUAUGGUGUCAUUGUUGCUGUGGCUUUGGUCUUAGCCAGCUUUCUUUUUUAG